AUGAACAUAAGUGUUGUAGCUCCCUCUAUUCGUGCAAACGGCUUGAUGACGACGUUGCAGCAGGGCAGAGGCAGAGGCAGAGGCAGAGGCAGAAGCUUUGAAUUCUCGGAGAGAAAUAUAGUACUAAUGUUGAGUUCAUCAAAUCGGCAAUUCCGUGAAUCUGAAAUAAAACAUCCCAUUAAGGCUCAUCACCAGAGUUAUGAUUCACAAAUUACCAUUCUAGCAGACAUGCCCCUCUUUGAAUCCCCUCAUGCAUCUUUCGAUAGGUACAUGGAGGACAAACCAAGAGUCUUCAAAGCUAUUUCCCCAGACAACAGUGGAACCCAACGUCUUAACGAGGAAGAAUGGAGAAUCAGAAUGGAACCAAUAGGUUUCUUGUUCCUCACAGCGUGGCCAGUUGUUAACAUGAGACUUAGAUGCAAAACUAAAGGAAAAGAAUACCCUUCUGGCGUUCCCACCCAUACCUCUAUGGUUCUUGAGUUCAAAAUUACAAAAUGGGAUCUAGAAGGAGUAACAGAGGGUAGAAAUAAGCCAUCAGAAUUCAGGCUUAGCAUGGAAGGAGUACUUUACCCAGAUAGAAAAGGAGGCAGAAGCAGGAUCAAAGGUCAUCUCCAUAUGAGCAUUAGCUUUGCUCCCCCUCCCAUGCUUGCUUUGGUCCCUCCACAUGUUCACCGAGAUGUCACACAAGCGGUUAUGAAGAAUAUGGCGGAGAGUAUGCAGCAUAAAGUAAGAAAUAAUUUGCUGGCGGAUUACGCCAAAUUCAAGAAGGAAACCCCCAAAACUCUGCCUCCACCAUAACUAUAAGACUGGCUUUCCAUUUAUUUAAGCAAAAAAUAAGAAAAAUUCUAAUUCUUCUUUUUCUUUUUCCAUACUGAAUAGCUUUGUCCACAAGUGUGAAUUUCCUUUGUGUGUAAUUAAUUGCGUGGCCUUUUGUAUUUGUUCAACUAAUCAAAUCAACAAUGGACAUAUACUCCUUUGUUAAUGAUAGUGAUCUCGUGUACGCAAAAGGCAAACAAGAUUACUACUUGCAAUGCACAAAUGUC